AUGUCCAGUGUAGAUCUACGCCGGGGGACGGUAAGAUGGGGUCGCCCUCGCAGUACCGCCCAGUUCGCUACCCGCCUUGCCCUGCUACUCGUCAGUUUGCUCUCGUCGGCAUACAGCAGUCCCGUGUUCCCGUUCACAUCGUUUCAAGCUAGCAGAAACCUUCGACAUCUUCCCUGCGUGGUACGCAAUACCGGUGAGGAAGGUAUUUGCAUGUUUGCUAUCGAUUGCUUUAAGUCCAAUGGGACACAUCUGGGCGUGUGCAUCGAUAAAAUAUUCUUUGGUUCUUGCUGUCAAGUCAAUGAUGAUCGGUUGCUGUUUGAUCCAGACAUUACGGACAAUAGUAUAGAUCACAACUCUGUUGGAAAUUUCCAACAUUUCCCUCAAUCCUCUGUGAUGAAUACGCACAGAAAACCACCACUCACGGAAACGCGCUUACCGACCACACCAGCUAGCAAUGGAACCAAGUACGAACUCCUCAGUACCUCGACGACUACGAGACGAACGACCUCGAAGAACAAUCGUCGCACAACCUCCACAAUGCGUACUACGAAAGCUCCUCUAAAGGUUCAGCAAAAAGAUGAUGUACCGACGACUACAGAGUACCAAGAAUUCACAACCUUUCAAUACGUACAGAGUAGUAAAAAUCCUGCCGGCUCUCAAUCCCCCUCGUCAACGGGUGCAGGAGCAAACAAACGUCCUUCCGCGCGUCCCACUGGUCCAAGCUUGGUGACGCAGGACAAUCGAGCUAAUACUACUAGAACAACUACUCCCAAGCCUUAUAAAAAUCGUCGGCCUACAACUAACAAAACGACAACGAUACGACCUCCUAAUCGACGACCUCCCAGCCAGCCAUUAACGACAAGUACGGAAACCCCAACAACGACACUACCCUCGACGACUAGGAAAGUAUCUGGACAAAACACUAGACAACCAACAACUUCAACAACCAUUGGAUCCCGUAAGCCUCCCAGCACGAUUGCCGCGGCACAAACGCAAACCACCAUUGCCUCCAGACGACCAACAACGACUCAGUCUUCACCGAAAACGGAAUCAACAACGCCUUCUGUGACGUAUUCACGACGACCAACAACGUCUCCUUCGUUGGUGCCUUUAACAAAACCCACAUCAAACCGAAGACGACCUACGACUAGUACGACACAAUCGACCACAACGACGGUGACGGCUACGGCUAGCACCGAUACAACUCGGGCUCCUCGUCCAAGACCUAAACCAACUUCCCAGGUAGCCACCGUACCGGCAACAUCCUUAGAUCAUCUGAUCGAAACACACUCUACCAGCUCUGAAUCCUCGUCCAGUGUUGCUAUUUCAACUAGUACCACUAAGCCGACGUACCCAACAACAACUGUUAAAGUAACGCAACCUACAACGCCAACACCCACACCAACUACGGCUUCCUCCACUAAGAGAACCACUCAAUCCGAACCUUCCGUACAAUCAUCAACCGUGAAGGUCCCAGAAUCUUCCCUAGAACUAGGUGAUAGUGGAGACCUUGCGACACUUUCCCGUCCGGGUCUCGUUACUUGGACGAGUAUUCUGGAAGACACACCUACGGAGCGUCCCAAUGUCAAUCAAGGCCCAACAACUUCCAACAGUUGGAUACUUAUACAGACACUAACCCCCGAAGAGGUCAUUGCUAGCAAUCAAACUAACCAGCAUGAACCAUCAUCCUCCACUCACAUACCACCAGCAUCCGUCGAGGUGUCCUUCUCGCAGGAUACCAAGCUACCGAUCGAAUCGCUUCUCCCGGAAGCGGCGUACGUGUACAAUACAGUCCAAGAGGAACCUGCUCAAAGCAUCCUCCUGCUUCCGGGCGCUCUCUCCGUACAUUCGCAAGUAACGUCCACUUCUCGAUCCCCCGGACAAACCAAUCUCGAAUCCUUGGAAGCUAGUGCAAAAACCACAGAGAGUUCCCUCGCCAGUAACGGCACCUACAUCAAACAGAGUACGAGGGAGCCACCGAGUACGAUCACCACAAUUCGCCACCCAUCCAUCGUGCCGUCGACAACUGCCAGUAGCACGACGGUUACCGGACACGGUACGAUGCCUUCCAUCGACCAGCUGUCUAUCACCAAGUCCCCCCAUAAGCCCAGUAGCCAACCGAUCGAGAUUAACGAAUCGCUCCCAACGACAUCAACCUCCGUGACAUCAACGACCAUUGCAACUACACCGACAACGACGAUUCCGCCCGCGAAUGUAGCUUCGACUCAUUUUACAUCCUCUGCCGCACCGACAUUAACGACCAGUGAUAUGUUUGCGAGCGUAUCCGAACAGACAUCAUCAGCAUCUAGCGAGGAAUCUGGCACAUCGUCUACUACUGAUGCUUGGUCAUCUUCCAAACGCCCCGUCGAUGCGAUCUCCACCACGGAAGCGAUGCUCGUCCGUGAGACCACAACUGCUGUGGACGAGUCGAUCGAAAGCGCCACGGAAGGCAGUGGAGAGGAAGAGUCCGGCAGUGGAAGCGAAGAAGGUUCCAGCGAGGAAGAGGAAGAAGAAGAGGAAGCAACAGAUGAAAGUGAAGAAACCACCGAUGCCACCACCGCCUCGAUCGAGAACGUUACCGGCUCCCUGCACAAGGUGACGAACGAAAGCAGCACACUCGCGACUUCAACUCCGGCGAGUACCUCCUCAUCCCAGAGCACGACAGUGUCCUCGACCUCGACAUCGUUCGAGCCCAACACUAUGACAGCCUCCACCUUGUCACCGGUUUCGAUCUCUAGCGGCAUGACGAGCCCAAGCUCGGUCUCAUCAACGCUGUCAACGAUGUCAAACGAUUCGACGACAGCAUCGCCACUGCCGCCUGUGACAUCCGACCGAGGUCCAACCACCGAGGACACGACAACCGGAAUGCCCAUCAAGUUCCCCGAGCAACCGGCCGGCAAUCAGUCGGCGCUUCCGACAACGACCACACUGUCGAUGCUCGCCAACGUAACCACGGACGGUGUAACGCUGGCACCGGAUUUCCUGACCACAUCCACCCUGCCAACACUCGAGGGCAUUGAUUAUCGAUCGGUGUGCGGCAAACGGAUGUUCCCCGAGCCACGCAUCGUCGGUGGCACGAAGGCAGCGUUUGGCCGUUGGCCCUGGCAAAUCUCGCUGCGUCAGUGGAGAACGUCCACCUAUCUGCAUAAGUGCGGUGCGGCCCUGCUGAACGAAAACUGGGCCAUCACAGCUGCCCACUGCGUUGACAAUGUACCACCGUCGGAUCUGUUGUUACGGUUAGGCGAGUACGAUCUGGCGUUGGAGGAGGAACCUUACGGUUAUCAGGAGCGCCGGGUACAGAUCGUCGCCUCUCAUCCACAGUUCGAUCCGCGAACGUUCGAAUACGAUCUAGCACUUUUGAGAUUCUACGAACCGGUGAUCUUCCAACCGAACAUCAUACCCGUCUGUGUGCCGGAGAACGAUGAGAACUUCAUCGGGAGAACAGCAUUCGUUACCGGGUGGGGUCGUUUAUACGAAGAUGGGCCGUUGCCGAGUGUGCUACAGGAGGUUACCGUGCCGGUGAUUGAAAAUAAGAUCUGCGAGACGAUGUACCGGAGCGCCGGUUAUAUCGAGCACAUUCCGCACAUUUUUAUCUGCGCCGGUUGGAAGAAGGGAGGAUAUGACUCUUGUGAAGGUGACUCCGGUGGUCCGAUGGUAAUUCAGCGUUCAGACAAGCGGUUCCUGCUCGCGGGUGUCAUUUCCUGGGGUAUUGGUUGCGCUGAACCAAACCAACCCGGUGUCUACACUAGGAUAUCUGAGUUCCGGGAUUGGAUUAACCAGAUUCUACAGUUCUAA